AUGUCGAAUAUACCAGGCAAAGAUGUCGAUCGCAAUCAAGAGGCUACUAUUUACAUCGGAAAUAUCCCAGAAGCUGUAUCUGACGCUAUUAUAUGGGAAUUGAUGCUACAAGCUGGUCCUGUCUCUAGUGUCCACCUGCCUAAAGAUCGUGUCUCCAUGUCCCAUCAAGGAUUUGGUUUCUGCGAGUUUGUCAACGAUGAAGACGCUGAGUAUGCGUGUAAGAUUAUGAACCAGAUAAAGCUAUACGGCAAGCCAAUAAGAGUUAAUAAGGCAUCAACUGAUAGGAAGCAAAUGGACGUCGGCGCUAACCUCUUUAUCGGUAAUCUUGAUCCUUCAGUCGAUGAGCGCUUGCUCUUUGACACUUUCUCUACAUUUGGCCUUAUGAUGGAUGUUGCAAAGAUAGCGCGGGAUGACACAGGUUACUCAAAAGGCUACGGUUUCAUUCAGUACAACGACUUUGACAGCUCGGAUCAGGCGAUAACCGCAAUGAAUGGUCAAUAUCUCGUUAACAAGCCACUUACUGUCGAUUACGCAUUCAAGAAGGACGGAAAGGGUGAGAGACAUGGUACAGACGCAGAGAGAAUGCUGGCUGGUGAGGCUAAACGCAACAAUGCACUUCCAAUGCCUGGCGCUAUUCCUGGUCAGCCAUUCAUGCAAUAUCAGGGUAUGUUUGCAGGUGCAUUAUCUGGUAAUCAAGGUGCUAUGUCUGCUCAACCACCUGGUGCACCACUGCCAUUUGGAUUCACACCUGCACCACCACCGCCUGCACCUUAUGGAUUUAGCUAA